CCUUUUUUCCUUUUACAGAUGAUAUGAUUGAGAACUCAGAGGAAGAACCUGAAGGAGGCAACACUGAUACGGACCAAACCCCAGAGGUUAAUGACAGCCAGGUGACAGAGGAAGAACCUGAAGUAGCAGACAGUGAUACGGAUAAAAGCUCACAAGAUGAUAAGGAGGAAACUAAAGCUGCUUCUGAAGAAACCACCAAUGUUAUGGACAAUUUAGAAGGAGAGGAUCUUUUUGAAGAAGAGAGCGAGGAGUCAGAGAAAGAGCCCAAAGAUGACCAGGUGACAGAGGAAGAACCUGCAGCUGUUUCUGAACGAGUCAACACUGAUAUGGAUCAAAACUCAAAAGAAGAAAGCUUUGAAGAGUUUGAAGACGUCAGCGAGGAAUCAUCUGAAGAGUUUGCUCCUACCGACGAUUUUGAAGAUCAGGUUAAAGCAGAUGUUCGCGAAUCUGACAAAUCUCUGAAGGAUGAUGAUGAUGCCGAUGAUGAUGAUGAUGAUAAACAGGAUACAGGUGCAAUGAGUGAGGACAUAACAGAGGACGCUUCUCUGCAGAAGUCAGAGGAGGAGGAUGAAGAAGUGAAAAGGGAGAAGGAAGAAGAGGUGAAGGAGGAGGUUUCUCAGAAUGAUAACAGCAACGAAGACCAAACCAACCCUGACAAUAUGUCGGAAACGGAGGACAUUUUCUCAGAUGAGUCCAUUGAAGCACCAACUUCUGACAAUGUCCCGGUUGACGAAUCCACUCCCACAGAUGCUGGAAAAUAGAUUAACAGACUGGUCCGUGGAAGCCCUCCAACUCCAGAAUGAGCCCCCGGCCCCUACGGUGAACUACUGCUGCCAUGGAAACUACAACUAAACUCAGCCGUCUCUUUCCUCCUUUCUUUUUGAUUUGAGGCUGCUUUUAUUUCA